AUGGCGGACGCGUCGGACUCCACGUCCAAGCAGUGCACCCUCCCCAGGGAGAAGGUCUUCUCCAUUCAGAUUGGCUCAGAUCUAUUCCGUCUCUCAGGAGCUUCAAUCGCCUCAGAUGCUCCCUCCUACUUCUCGCGAUUCUUCGAGGAGCAGAUGCGCAACCCUGAUUCACCCAAUAUUCGCACCUUGUAUAUCGAUCGCGACCCAGAGACCUUUAAAGAGAUUGCAAGACAUCUGCAAGGAUACUAUGUUCGGCCCAGAGAUGGCGCACAGUUCGUCAAAUUGUUCGCAGACUCGCAAUUUUAUUGCUUACCCCGAUUGAUGUCUCAACUUUUCGAAUCCGAGAUCUUCAUCCAGAUCGGUGACCGCCAUUUCCAAAUUCCGCGCGAUAUCUUCUCGAGUCCCGGCGACUCCCCUAAUUUCUUCACACUGGGCUUUGGAGCCUUCUUCGCAUCUCCAUCAGAAGUGUUCCCCGGUCUGGACCGUGUCGGACUCCUCCGUCCACCAGCUAUCACACCCCCAAGCGUCCCCAAUCGAUCCGCAGAGAUUUUCGCAGAGCUCUUACACCUGCUCCGUGGAUACCCGUUACACAUUCGAAACGCUGACCACCGCGCCGAGCUUCUGCGUGAUUGCAAAUAUUUCCAUCUGCGGGGCCUGGAACAAAAGUUAAUACCGCACGACAUCAGCGUGAAUCCCUUUAACCAGCGUUCGGAGAUCGCCUUACGACUCGAGGAUGUUCGGCCAUCAGGCAUCCAGGUUGCCACAAAUUCUAUAACCUCGUUAGCCAUGGGCGGGUUAGUUAUGUACGCGCGACCUUUUGUGGAUGAUAAGCCUUUUGACCUCAUGCUGGAAAUCGGCGGAGAGUCGACAAUAAUUAGUCGUGCGGGUCAACGUGCCGAUUUCAUUGGUCAAACAAAGUCUCGGAUGGCGAGUCUUGUCCAAGUUAUUGGGAAAAAGAUGAAUGUACCUGAGACCCAUGUUGCGGGGCUUCCGUUGAAUAUAAGAUGGGGACGGGAGACCGAUCUUACCAUUGAUGGGGAACGAGAUCCUCAGCGUAUUGCGAAUUUGCUGUCUAGUGGUGAAAGUGAUGAGGAACCUCCGGCUAAGCGUCAGCGUUCUGAGGGGUCGGAAGAGGGUCCUUGGGUUGUUCGGAAGGGCCAGUGGAGGCUGUUGGUGCAGCAAGCUGAUCCUAGUGGCCCUUGUGAGGUUGUCCUGAUUGCUGCGAAGUUGGAUGUAUACACUCAUCCACGCAUUCGUAAUCGAGCUAGGGAUUUCUUAUAG